UUCCAGCCGGUCCAGGGCCCGUUGCCAGCCAUGGCUUACGAGGAGCGGGUGCGCUCGCUGGCGGACACCGUGCAGCUCUACCGGCAGGACGCGAGCGGCUGGCGGAGCUGCAAGCGCACGAAUGAAGUUUCAAUUUAUUGGAGACCAUCAACUGAGUUUUCUGGCAACAUAUACAAAGGAGAUGGAAUAGUCUCUGCGAGUCCUGAGGCUGUCUGGAAGUGCUUAAAACCAGAAGCUGGUGGACUUAGAACAAAGUGGGACCAGAAUGUGAAGGACUUUGAGCUGAUUGAAACUAUUAGUGAUACUAUCUCUAUAUGCAGAACCAUUACCCCAUCAGCCUUCAUGAAGAUUAUUUCUCCAAGAGAUUUUGUAGAUGUGGUGCUAAUUAAGCAGUAUGAAGACGGGACUAUAGCAUCUGCUGCAACCAAUGUGGAACAUGCACUCUGUCCUCCCCAACCCACAUAUGUAAGAGGGUUUAAUUAUCCUUGUGGCUGUUUCUGUAUACCUAUUCCAGGGGAACCAGGCAAGACCCAAGUCCUCACUUUCUUUCAGACUGAUCUUGGUGGCUAUCUUCCCCAGACUGUAGUGGACUCAUUCUUUCCAAGCAGCAUGGCUGGAUUUUACAGCAAUCUGACCAAAGCGGUAAAGACAGUGAAAACUUGAGAGGCAUUUACUAAAAGGAAAUCAGAGUCUCAUUGCUGAGACUUAAAAGGGAGGGUGAAAAAAGCUAUUAUUUGUGGCAUAACAGAUCAGAUGAAGAUAAAAAUGGAAUAAAUGAUGGGAUCAGCAACUGACCUCCAAUGCCUUUCUAACAAUCUAGAUAUGUAGGAAAGUUGGAGUGGGAACAAAGUCUCAAAGUCCAUUUUUAAUAUAGGAUUUAUUAUUUUUGUACUUGCAUUUCUGUUUAAAAAUGCACUACCUGGUGAUACUGUAUUUUUGUAACUAUUAAAAUGUGACAUUAUUUCAGCAACUAGUAGGAUUCUAGAGGAAGUUCUGCUGCCCUCUCCUGAAGGAGAAGCCACACUUCAGGCCCGUUUAUGAUCAUACUAUAUCAGUGUAAACUAGGUUACUCCUGAGAGAAUUCUGCACCCCAAAAUUAAAAAUUCUAAA